GACAUGGGUAACAAGGUCGUCACCUUCACCGAGGAGCAAUUCGAAGAUUACCAGGACUGCACAUUUUUUACUCGGAAGGAAAUUCUCAGAGUGCACAAACGCUUCCGAGAGGUCAGCCCUGAACUCGUGCCGAAGAGUAUGACGGGAGACGAACCUGUCACAAUAAAAGUACCUUUGGAGAAGAUGGAGAAGCUGCCGGAGCUGAGAGAAAACCCGUUUCGCAAACGAAUCUGCGAGGUCUUCUCUCGAGACGGGAAAGGAAACCUGACGUUCGAGGACUUCCUGGACAUGCUUUCCGUGUUCAGUGAGCAGGCGCCAAGAGAUAUUAAGGUCUUCUAUGCUUUCAAGAUCUACGACUUCGACGGCGACCAGCACAUCGGGCCGUCCGACCUGCAGCGCGCCCUGCGGCUGCUGACGCGCGACGAGCUGACGGCCGAGGAGGUGGGCCAGGUGUGCGAGAAGGUCGUCGAGGAGUCGGACGUGGACGGCGACGGCCGGCUCUCCUUCAUGGAGUUCGAGCACGUCAUCACGCGCGCGCCCGACUUCCUCUCCACCUUCCACAUCCGCAUCUGAGCUGCCGCUGCCGCACAACGCUUGGAACAGACAAAA